AUGGUCCAAGUCGCAAAGGCACUCGCUGGCACGAGUGCCGCACUGUCGCCACGGGCACUCCUCAAGCUGCACGCACAAGUGCAGGCGAUGGUGCGCUGUCUCGAUUGUCCUGGAGGGCCCUGGGACGUCGGCGUUCUGCUCACGACGGACAAUCACGUCCAGAAGCUCAAUCGCAAGUUUCGCCAGCAGGACAACCCAACUGACAUUCUGUCCUUCCCAUUCCACAAAAUUCGAACUCCUGGACGAUUCCCGCGCGUCCAGAGCCCAGACGAACGCUAUCUCGGCGACAUUUACAUCAGUCCGGCGUACGUCACACGCCAGUGCAGCGACGCGCAGCUCCAGGAGGUCACGACGCUGGCAGACCGACUGCCUGUGCUGGUGGCACACGGUCUUUGUCACUUGAUGGGAUACGACCACGAACGCGACGACGACUACGAGCAGAUGCAAAAGGCCGAGACCUAUCUCCUUCGCCACUACCCACAGUUCCUUCCACGUGCAUUUGCGCCUGCACCUCCAGCUACAGCUCCAGACGUGAUAUAG